AUGAAACGCACAGAAAGAAACCUCAUUUCUCACGGUGACGGCAACGCUACUAAUAAAUGCUCUUCGUCUGAUCAUGUCGUCGACGCACACGUCACCUUAGCUUCAAGCAAGCCAAAAUGUAACCUCCUAUACGUAAUUAAGGGCAACAAUACUUCGAAUAGAGAUGGGGUCAGCAAGGAAAAGCGCGAUGCAGAUAACGGGGCGAACGGUGAAAAAAAGGGCGGGGGGACCAAUACAGAGAAGAAUGGAGAUCAGUCGAUGACGAUUAUGACGACAGAACUUCCUUUGAAGGGACAGAGAAGAAGUGUGCUGAGGGCGAUAGCGAUGACGAUAGUGAUUUCCCUUCCAUUCAGGACAUCUUGCGGUCAGUCGUCGCGGGAGAAUCUGCUCACGCAAGUACUGGCAUGUUACCCAGAAGCAAACGCAAAGUGA